UAAAUAUAACAUUAUAUGGGUGAUACAAUUUUUUAUGUUAAAUUACCUACAAUUUAACCAAUUAAUUUAAAUUUAAAUUAGUCAUUUAGAUACUUCAGUGUUAAUUUGUUUGGAGUAAUCAUUAAAUAAAAAUAUGAAUAAUUAUAAAAAUUUCAACAAGAAUUAAGAUAAAGAAAAAUAGUUUAAUUUCUAAAUUCUGAAAAAUGACUUUUCGAGAUUUAAAUUUAUCCACAUAUUUGUGCAAGCAACUAGAAGCUAUCGGUGUAAAAUCUCCUACAGAAAUUCAAAAAAAUUGCAUACCAAAAAUUUUGGAAGGAAUUGAUUGUAUAGGAUGUGCUAAAACAGGAAGUGGAAAAACAUUAGCAUUUGCUUUGCCUAUUUUACAAAAGCUUUGGGAGGAACCAUAUGGUAUAUUUGCACUCAUACUUACACCAACUAGAGAACUUGCUUAUCAGAUUGCAGAUCAAUUUGCAGUAAUAGGAAAAUCAAAAAAUCUCAGAAAUUGUGUAGUUACUGGUGGAAUGGAAAUGAUAGUUCAAGCUCGUGAGUUAGCUAAUAAACCUCAUAUUGUUGUAUCAACACCUGGAAGAUUAGCUGAUCAUUUAGAGAGUUGUGAUACAUUUUCAUUGAAACGAAUUAAAUUUUUAGUAUUAGACGAAGCAGAUAGACUAUUAGGUGGUAAAUUUGAUCAACAAAUUUCAACUAUUUUCAAUGCACUUCCAAAAAAUAGACAGACACUGUUAUUUAGUGCAACUAUGACGGAUACUCUUGAAAAAGUUAAAAAAAUAACAAAAAAAAAUACAUUUGUGUUCGAGUCUACUGAUGAAGUAAAAACCGUAGAUGAACUUGAACAAUUUUAUGUGCUUUGUCCAUAUAAUGUAAAAGAUGGCUAUUUAGUUGAAAUUGUAAGAAAUUUUCGCGAAAAAGAUGAAAGUGGUCUCAUAAUGAUUUUCACUGAUACUUGCAAAAAUUGUCAGUUGUUGUAUAUGACAUUAAAUGAAGUUGGUUUUGAUACUGUUGCUCUUCAUGCAAUGAUAAGUCAACGUCAAAGAUUAACAGCAUUAGCCAAAUUCAAAUCACAUAUUUCAAAAAUUUUAAUUGCUACUGAUGUCGCAAGUCGAGGAUUAGAUAUCCCAGCAGUUUCAUUAAUAAUAAACCAUGUAAUUCCAAAUAAUGCGACAGAUUAUGUUCAUAGAGUAGGGCGUACAGCAAGAGCAGGCCGAACAGGUCAAGCAGUAUCAAUUGUUACCCAGCAUGAUGUAAAAAUUGUUCAAACAAUUGAACAAAAAAUUAAUUAUAAACUUAAAGAAUAUGAUGUUUCAGGAAUAAAUGUAGCUAAGAUUUUGACUCAAGUGCAUGUCACAAAAAGAGAGGCACAAAUUAAAUUAGAUGAAACUGAUUUUGAUGAAAAACGAUUGAUAAAUAAAAGAAAAAAAUUGAUUACUGAUGGGAAAGAUCCUGACGAAGUGGAACAAGAAAUAAAAAAAAAACAAAGAGAAAAAAAGAGAAAAAGAUUUGAAAAAAAAAAUAUGGAUGAUUUUAUAAGUGAUGAAAGUGUUAUAAUUAAUGAAAAUAAAGAUGAACUCUAAUGAAUUAACAAAAAAAAAAUUAAUGAAUUUUUAAAAUUCUUAAAAGAUUUUUUUUAAAACUUUUUAUCUGAAAAAUAAAUUUUCAAAUGCUUUUUUUGUUAUUUCACUUUAUGUGAAAUGUAAAUUUACAAUAAGAAAUAAUGUUUAAUAUAAAUUUUUUAAAAUAGGUUUUAUACUCUAAGCUAUAUUUUAAAUUUAGCUUCUUCAGAGGACAUAGAAAUUGUAUACCUUUAAAAAUUUAAUAUCCAGAUUUUAGUAUAUUGUAAAAAUAUUUUUACAAAAAAAUGAGUAAAUUACUUCUAACAUAUGCCCCUUAAAAUUUGCUGUCCAAAUUUAUGCAUCUUUUUAAUAAAAGAUGCAUAAAUCCUAAUAUCAACUCACAUUUGUUUUGUCAGGAUAUUUUAAAUAGGUAAUUAAAAUAUUUAUUAGUUAUAUUUUUUUAAUAACAAAUUUACAGAGGUUAAGGAGUUCAAUAAUGUAUUUACUAUGGAAGCUCAUACAGUUUUAAUCACCCUUUGGACAAAAAAUAAUGAGAGUGGAGAAGAGAACUCCUCAUUUCUCUUAAUUCCCACUUAUACAAAAUUUCUAAAUACACCACUGAUAGAGUCCAUGAGAUUGAUACAGCCAGUCAUCAGAAUUUUAAUGGAAAUCAUGGGAAAAAAAUUUGAGAUUAGAUCCAAAGCUUUAUAGAGACACACCUUAAAAUAAGGUCACAGCAUGCUUGUGAUCCUGAUACACUUCUGUAUUGGUUAUUAACAUAAAAAGCGUUUUAGGAAAACACAGUACCUUGUCAGGUACUCCCAUUAAUCUAAAAAUUAUGGUAGUGACGCUAAAAAAGAGAAAAUUCCUUAUUCUGUGUUUUGAAAGUUAUCUAAGUCCCCUAAUAAUAAAUUUUUAAAUGUAGCACUAUUUAAAUCCGAUUCAAGGCAAAAAAGAAUAAGCAAAGAGUAUUAUAAAGAAAGCUGAAAAAUACUAGUUUUUAUGUGUUUGUUUUCUUUUAUCUAAUGUCCCUAAUUCUUAGUUCCAAUUUGAUCAUUUUGUUCUAAAUAUGUCCCCAAAAAAAUUGUUAAUUUAUGCACAAAUUUGGAAGAAUUUUCUAAAGUUUACUAUAUUGGGGAUAAUUUACACAAAAAAUAAAAAUUUCUAAGUAAUGAAUUAAAAGAAUUUUUAUUUUCUCAUAGCUUCUUACUAUAGUUUUUUUGUGUCUGUAAACACAAAUGUAAAAUUCUUAUUGGACCGAUGUAGCUAAACGAUCUGUUACAAGAUCAUAAACUGCUGAAAUUUUAAAAGUCUUCCUAUGUUCCCUGUAAAUGGGAGAAAUUCAUAGAAAAUUACAAUUUUUGAAAUCGUGAAAAUUUUUUAUUUUUUCUUCGACGUAAUAUGACAAUUUUUUUUUUUACAACCGUUAGAUUGGUUAAUAUCAAUUGGAUUAGUAUAUCCUUGGAAAUUUAUAAGUGCAGUGGUUUCCCGUUGCCUUGUACUUUGUGAACAUGAUAUUUUUACACCACCGUAAAAGCGCACAUAUGGUCACCCAUCUGUUUACCUAUGGCAGGAGGCGCGGCUUAACACUAGAA